GUUUAAGCUAAUGGUAACCUUGAAGGCACAACACAUUUUAAGAAAUGACCUCCAAGCGGGUAGCAGUUUCGACAGUUAAUUGGGCUGAGUUUUAUGCUAAGUGCCCAAAACACCAGUUGGAUCAGUAUCGAGAGUUAAAAACAAAGACAGAUAACCUUGUUUCCAAGAUAUCGUCACUUCCUGAGUCCUUACCGCCUCUGAAUUGGGACCAUUAUGCCAGCGUCGUUCCUGUCGCAGGUUUGGUAGAAAAGUUUAAAAAACAAUAUGCGAGUCUUUCCGUUGAGUACCCAAAAGACACAUCUGGUGCUAUCUCGAAAGUGCAGAGCCAGGGGAAAAUUAUGCUGGAGAACGCCAAACGUCAUUCGGAAGCCUGUAUGAGGAUGAAAACGAGUGCCGAAAAGAUGAAAGCAGCCUUGAAUAAGCUGCCCCCCUUAGAUGAGUUGGCUCCGGAAAUCGGUGUUGCAUAUUUUGGCCUGCCUCCUGACCGUUUCAUUGAUGAAAGAAAACCUUUAUCUCUGGGAAAUACGGCUAUUCUCAAGAGGUCCGCUCCAGUAAUGCACUGGGACUUCAGCUAAGUAGAUAAGCUAUUCGUACAUAGACGAUUGUAUCUUAGUUCUCAUAGAAAAUGUUUAAUAUAUUAUUUCCUGAUUGA